GAGCCCAGUGCAACCGCGGACGGAGCGGAGCUGGGGCUGCCGGGCGCUUUGCUUCGCUUCCCCCCCAUGCAGAGGAAACGCGACGAGGCCGGCGCGAAGCCCAGCGCAGCAAUGCUGAAUGAUGAAGAUAAUUGUAUGAAGUUGAAAAGUGAUCACGUACCCUCUGUGCAAUGGUAUAAGCUGGUCACACAUGAAGAUGAAAAGACCAAGCUGUUUUUUAAAAGACGUGUUGCACUGUUUGCAGUCGUGGUGUGCUUCCUUUAUAUCCUCAAGUUAAGUUUUGGCCCUGAAGAAUGUGACAUGAAGAAAAUGCACUAUGUGGACCCUGAACGUGUAAAGAGAGCACAAAAAUAUGCCAAACUCAUACAGCAAGGAGAAUGUCGACCUUCUUUUGUGAAGAAGGAGAUGGACAGAUUAUUUGCUGAGAAGUACAGCGCGAACAUAUUUCCCUUUGUAACGGAAGAUAUAUUCAGGCAUGAAGAUGUGUUUAAAUACAAACCCCCGUUUGGAUUUCACAAGAACUCUCAUAAACUUCAGAACCUCUUAAAACUCUUACCUGAGCAUGACUUGCCAGAGAACUUGAAAUCAAAACACUGUAAGCGUUGUGUUGUUGUAGGAAGUGGUGGAAUACUUCAUGGAUUGGAGCUAGGCCAUGUGCUGAAUGAGUUUGAUAUUGUUAUAAGAUUAAAUGAUGCACCAGUUCAGGGCUACACAGAUCAUGUUGGUAACAAAACUACCAUAAGGAUGACCUAUCCAGAGGGAGCCCCACUUUCUGAAAAUGAAUAUAACCCUCAGAGCUUGUUUGUUGUUGUCUUAUUUAAAAGUGUCGAUUUCAAUUGGCUUCAAGCAAUGGUAAAAAAUGAAGCAUUGCCACUAUGGGUGCGACUAUUUUUUUGGAAGCAGGUGGCUGAGAAAAUUCCUGUAACACCAAAACAGUUUCGUAUUUUAAAUCCGAUCAUCAUUAAAGAGACUGCCUUGGAUAUACUACAGUACCCUGAGCCUCGAUCUAAAUUUUGGGGCUGGGAUAAGAAUGUUCCCACAAUUGGGGUCACUGCAGUUGUUCUGGCCACACAUUUAUGUGAUGAAGUGAGUUUAGCAGGAUUUGGAUAUGACCUCCGCCAACCCAACACACCUUUGCACUACUAUGACAAUCUCUGCAUGGCUGCAAUGGAAGGACAAACUAUGCAUAAUGUGACAACUGAAACAAAAUUCCUACAAAAACUGAUCAAAGAUGGGAUUGUGAAAGAUCUCAGUGGAGGAAUACAGUGUGAAUUCUGCAAAAAACCAAGCUAAUGACUGGAACUGAGAGCACAGACUGGAUUAGAGGUUCCUGCAGCCUUGCUAGCAAUAGCCCUUUCAGUGCUCUCAUCCCACAAAGACUUUGAAGAAUCUCUCUUCUUUGUAUUUCUGUUGCUUUUUAAUGUCAAGUUGAAUUUGUUGUAUUUUUUUAUUUAUUUUGAGUCCAGGUUUUUACCUUGCACACUUUUUGUGGGUAAUUAUCAAUACAGUUUUGAGUUUAGAGAGAUUCAUUUAAAAUGUCAUGUUUUAAGCUAUCUGAAGGAAAACAGAAAAUUUAAGGGUUUUAUAUGUGAAGGGCACUCACGGACCUAGGUGUGUGUUGCCUAAUCUGGGGAGAGAAGAAUUGUUCCCACUGAAGUGGUGUUGCCUUUGUGGGUCCAUUUGUCAGUACAUGAUUCCUCUGUGCAUACAAAGAAAAGCAAAGGUGUGUGUUCGUAAGAGAACUUGCUUUGUUGCUUGUAGGUUCGCUAUUCUUUGGUAGAUCAUCCACUUGUAUAAUCUUCCACAGAUAUUUAGGCUACUCCCUUUCUGUGCUGAUACCUAUUUUUUGGGGGGUGAGGGGACAGGGAGCAGGAAAGGGCAAAACUGAUGUCAGUGGAGCUGAACAGUAAGUUCAUUAAUGCCACAUCUAAUCAUGCCUGGUAUUUAAAUCAUUGACCGGUGUGAAUGCUUUAGAAUUAGAAUGCUGGCCACUUAAACACUUGACACAUUUGGGCCUGACCAUGUUAUAACCAGAUUUAGCCUACAGUAGAUAUCUAACCUGAGGCCAAACUCUUCUCUUUCCCAUUUCUGGCUCCCAAACACCUGGUCAUAAUGUGGUUGGGUCACAAAAAGGUUUAAGCAUCACUGUUACAGGAACAGCAUCAACAUGAAUUCCAGUCCUUUUUAGGGAGGGAGUUAAAAAGUAGUGUUUGGGGCUACACCUGCCCUUUUGCUAUUUUAUAAAAAUGUUUUAGUCCUUGCUGCUGAGUGAAAGACCCACAAACGAAAUAGAAACUUACUAUGUAGUAGUCGGAGUGAAACUGACUACAGACAAAGUAAAAGAACGGAAAGAUUUUAUUUAAUCUCCUUCAUGGUACAGUAGGUAUUAACUUGCAACAGUACUAUGUAAAAUAAAAAUUCAGAUUCAAAUAUAGUUUAAGUUGAUAGUGGCCCUUUUAUGUUGUGAAUAUGGUGUAUGCUUCUUAAUUGGAAGGGAGAGAGUGGAAUUGUUUGCUUUGCAGACCACCUAAUAAACUGGCAAUUCUGUGUGCACAAAUAACUUAUGAAGAAGAAAUUGCCUUUGAGGAAGUAGUAUGAUCUACUAGCACUGUACAAUGUCUUCUAAGUGCAGAUUGCUUUUAAAAAAUCCUGUAUAAAUGUACUUUCUAAUGACCAGAAAUCAAUGCAAUUGAAAGAAAGCGGGAUUGCAGAUUUGUGAGCAAGUCUGAACUGUUUCAUUUUAUUGUGCAAAUAACACAGUUGUGGUUAUUGAAUUGCUUGAUUUUGAGUGCUGUCUGUUACUCAGAGCGAGUGAAAAAUGCUUUAUUUGAAUGUGAAAUCUUACCAGAAAGUUAAUAGAAGUGAACAGGUGAAAUAUAAUUAUAUGAAUUACAGGAAUCACUUUGACUUUCCAGGUGACAAACCUUCCUAUUAGUUCCUUAUCAUAUGGUAAGAUACACUAGGCAUAUUUUUAAAAUUAGCAUCAGGUUAAAUUGCAUCAAGAAAAUAGGACGUGGAAUGGAAUAUAGUAUUCAUAAUUGCCAUGAAGAGUAGGUCUAAUGGAUGAUUGUGUAUGAACGCAGAAGUUGUACUGGCUAUGGUUGUGGAGAGACAAUAAAACAAUGCCAGUUUACAAAGUGUAACAUUGAAGAUAGUGGCUAUGAGCCUGAUCUUUCCUAAGCACCCACACAUCCCCUAAAGUGAAUGAUUAGAAAUCACGCUCUGUGUGUUCAGGGCUCCAUUUGUGCAACAGCAAUAAUAUUAAUCUAACUUCCUCCUCGUAACUUGGAACAAACUAAUUUUUGUAACAGCAAUAAAUUUCUAGUCCAUGUUUUUGUAUGCUUUUAAGUAUAGAUCAAACUGUUUACUUGAAAAAUUACUGAUAUGUAAAGAGUUUUUACAGAUAGUGUUUCGUUUAAUAUAACAUGUUGAUUAUUAUUCCCUUAUAGUUAAGAUGAAAGCAAGCGACCUUAACUCCAUUCAAUAUUACUGAAAUAUGAAAGGGUUUGGGAAAGUUCAAAAUGUGCAUAUGGACAGUAGUACACUGAAGUCUUUCAAAGCGCUGUUACACAAACGUUUUGUUAUACAUCAACUGUUAGUUCACCAGGACUUCACACUGUUAUGACUUAAGAAUAUGAAAAUGUGAACUUAAUAGAAUGAAAGUAUUAUUAAAGCAAUCAGUAACGUC